AUGCUGCCGAUGCAGACAAUACUGUUCGCUCACAGUGGACCACACGCGAUGCUGCUGCCCGUCUUGCUGUGCGUAGUCACCUGCCGUCCUCUGAGCGUGCGCACUCUAGUCAGUACACGAGUGCUAAGACCUUUCACCCAGCUCCCUAACUCCCUUCGCUCGGUCAAGGACCACUUCCUCUCUGUUUGCCCCACCACACUCACCGUUGACCUCCUCGAGCAGCGCCUCCUUACAGCUGAGAAGAGUAUAGUCACUGUAGGAGCCUCUCGUGGUGACCCUCGCGCCCCCGUCUUUGAGGGGUGCUCCCCCUCCCCCCGUUUGCCCUCUGUUGCCUCUGCUGCUGCUGUCGACCUAGUCGGCACCGAGUCGGUCGGUGCUCCGUCUGCCCCUAGCGGGAGGUGCCGCAACGGCAAGGGCAAGGGGGGCAAGGGCGCUGGAGGAGCUGGUGGGGGCGGUGGUGGUGGCGGUGGAGGCGGCGGAGGGGGUGCGGGUGGCAGUAGGAGUGGUGGCGGGGGUGGGGGCUCCGGUGGCGGCGGUGGAGGCGGAGGCGGUGGCGGCGGUGGCGGUGGGAGUGGAGGAGGCGGCGGUGGAGGCGGUGGAGCUGGUCGGGUGGCUCUGUGCAGCGGGGUGGCUUCGGUGGUGGUCAGCGCCAGCAGCAGUAGCGCACUCGUGAGACCCCGCCGCCCCAGCAGCUUCGUGACUGGUACGCUGCGCGUCAGCGGGGUGGGGGUGCUAGUCACUGUGCCUACAUCCUGCGUACCGGCGACCGCACUGGUGAGCCGUGCGGCGGCCCGCACACCACCCAUCGCUGCUUUGGCCGCCUGA